UUUCCACCACCUACUAGCACAUCGGUGAACCGAAUCUUACCAGUACGAUGGGGAGGUGGCCCUCACCGGCGUUACUGGCGAUCUUCGUAACCAUCGCCCUUGCCAUGAAUUCAAUCACCCCGGCUGCCGCUCACACUGGACUCAAGGUAGGGUUCUAUCGUCACAGCUGUCCCCAAGUGGAGGCCAUCGUCUACAACUCUAUGGCUCAAUCCACCAAGGCCGACGACACCGUUGCACCUGGAAUCCUUCGGAUGGCGUUCCACGAUUGCUUCGUCCGGGUACGUGAUCGUCUUGAUUUGCAGCACCCCAGCCAGCUGGAUCGAGUCGCAGAGCUUGCGCUGAGAAGUACCUGGAUUUCAAAUUCAGUUUUCCCGAGUUGUCUGCUUCUGCUUCAGAUGCUUCACACUGUAACCGCAACAUCUCCUCACAGGAUUGUUCCGUCUCUGUGGUUUCUUCAGGGCUGCGACGCUUCCGUUCUGCUAGAAGGACCCAAUACAGAGCGAAGAGCUAGAACCAACACGGGACUCCAUGGCUUUGACGCCAUCGACGCCGCAAAAAGAGCUGUGGAGAACGCUUGCCCGGGCGUAGUCUCAGCCGCCGAUGUGUUGCAGUUCGCCGCCCGUGACGCAGUUGUACUGGCUGGAGGUUACGGGUGGCAUGUGCCCGCUGGGCGUCGAGACGGAACGGUUUCCAUCAUGGAAGAAGCACUGAACCUGCCCGCCCCGAGCAUGACCGUGUCCCAACUCAUAGAUGUGUUCGGGCGGAAGGGCUUGAGCCCCUCCCAAAUGGUAGUCCUAUCAGGUGCCCACACCAUCGGAAAAGCCCCGUGCGUCACAUUCGACGACCGCGUUCAGACAACCCCGGUGGACCCAACUCUGGCUCCCAGCUUCGCCACGUUCUUGAAGGGGCAGUGCCCGUAUGCAGCAAUCCAAUCCACCAGCGUGGACAUGGAUUCCACCGCGCACACAUUCGACAGCCAGUACUUCAAGGACAUCAUCGCCGGGAGAGGCCUGCUCACCUCGGACCAGAGCCUGUUGUACGACUCCCGCACCAGCGGGGGUGUGUACGCCAACAACGGCGCGGCAUUCUACCGCAACUUCGCCAAGGCGAUGGUGAAGAUGAGCCAGAUUGAGGUGCUCACAGGUUUGGACGGCGAAAUUCGGCGACAGUUUGACCAGGUGAACAGCCACUAGAAAGGAAAGGGGGCCCAGGAAACAAGGCCGCCCAGAUAUGGAGAGCAUCCGUGUAUCAUAGAGUAGAUUAGGACGAGUUCAUUGCACAUGGUGAGCGUCAACUGCCACGUGCUCAUUCUUUCCGGUGCACAGCAUCGGCAUGCUUUGCGUUGCUUGUCGUAAGCAAUUUACCGCACAUCCCUGCGCGGCGUCAAUCUCUGAAUCACUCUUCGUCCUCUGAAUUGGGCCAACCAUGACAAGGUUAUGAGCAGCAAAGCGCAUGGAUGUACUGCCCUUCACAAGUGUGAUGAACACAAACAAACGUGGAGCAGUUGUUGUCGUGGCCGGUUUCGAAGUGGGAUUCAUGGAUAGCAGCUUUGUGAAAUCUCGAGGUAUCGUUUUCA